AUGAAGCAGCGCCUGGCCCCGAAGAGACGCAGCAGCUGCUGCAGCAGCAAGAGGUGCAGCAGCAGCAGCAGCAACAGCAGCAGCAACAGGAAGCAAGAAAACGCAAAUGUGCCGCAGCAGAUCAACAAGAUAAUACUGCUGCUGCAGCAGCAGCAAAAAGACGAGCAGCUCGCAGUCUUCUUUUUGCUGCUGCGGGGAGAAGAUGCUGCUGCUGCAGCGGCUGCUGCUUCUCGUGCUCCUGCUGCUGCUGCUGCUGCCUCUAAAAAUGCGGAUAGUGAGGUGGAGCACGCAGCCAGAGUUACGCAUUCCCCAGCCACUGCUAGCAGCAGCAGCAGCAGCAGCACGCGAAGCAGCAGGCACUGCAGCAGCUGCAUCUUCUGCACGCAGCAGCAAAAUGAAGCCUGCGAGCUGCCCGUCUCUUUGCUGCUGCUGCAGCUGCAGUCUUAUCUCGUUGAUGUGCUGCGGUACCUGCGAGACACAGCAGCAGCAGCAGCAGCUGCUGCUGCUGCAGGAGGGGUGGAUGCUGCAGAGGCACAGAAAGCAGCAAGAGCAGCAGAAACAAACUACGCACAUCACCUCCAAUUCAUACUAGGAAGCUCGUGUGCUGCGCUGCAGCAGCAGCAGCAACAGCAGCAGCAGCAGCAGCAGCACCAUCAGCCACGUUCGGGACCCGCCAAGUCGCUAGAGGAAAAAUCAUCUGCGUCCUCGUCCCAGGCAACAAAAGCUGAGACGACAGCAGCAGCAGCAGCAGCAGCAGCAGCAGCAACGCCUGCAGCAGCUGCAACUAAAGAAGAGCAGCAGAGAGCAGCAAACAUCAGCAGUGCUGACUACCAGCCUGCUGCUGCUUUGCAGCGUUCCGCCAGCCCUGCAUGCAGCAGCCCAGUUCCAGCUCAGCAGCAGCAGCAGCAAGAGCAGCAGCAGCAGCAGCAGCAGUCUUCUCCUUUGCAAGGCGAAGGCUCAGGCGUUCCCGACGCAUUCAGGAAGGAACCAGUGCCAAAGGGUCUUCAGCAGCAGCAGCAGCAGCAGCAGCAGCAGCAGGAAAUGCCUGCUGACAAAGGUGCGCCGGCUGGCAGCACCUCGAAAGUGGCAGCAGCAGCAGCCGCAGCAACGCGAGCAGCGCUAAGCCCCACAAAGUCCGCCUCCCCCGUCUCUGGCCUGAGCAGCAGCAAGUGCAGCAGCAGCAACAGGGACGCCAGCAGCAGCAGCAGCAGCAGCAGCAGCGAGAAGGCUGCAAGCCCGUGGGCUGGACCAGCAACACUUUUGCGGUGCCCCGAGCUCGAGGGGCUUCCUGCUUUUCUUUCUCCUUACAUUUGCAUAUUUGCUGCGCUGCUGCUGCAGGGCCCCACAGCUGCUGCAGCAGAAGCAGCAGCCACUGCAGCAGACGCGACGGAGAAGCUCACGCUGCUGCGGCAGCAGCAGCAGCAGGAGAGCAGACAGCAAGAGGCGCAGCUCCUGCUGCAGCUGCAGCACGCACACAAUGACUUCCUGCUGCUGCAGCAGCAGCAGGAAGAGCUGCAGCAGCUGCGAGAGAAACUCGCAAAGUACGAGGCCAGCCAGGGCUCUGUGGUUUUCGGCGGGCCCCACAGCAGCAGCAGCAGCAGCAGCAGCAGCAAAGACACCGAAGCAGUUAAGCAGAGGUGCAGCCACACUUUUUCUCUGCCACACCCAGAAGACACGGCAGACGCGCCAGCAGCAGCAGCAGCAACAGCAGCAGCAGCAGUGCCGGGAACUGGAGACAACCGCAGCCCGGCCAAUGGCUCUGCGGCAGAGCAGCAGCAGCAGCAGCAGCAGCAGCAGCUGUCGAGGGCUUGCUGCACUUGUCUCUCGGACUUGGCGUCGAGAGCCGAAGUGGCUUCGUCCAGCAGCAGCAGCAAAGGCUGCCGCAGCAAAGCCCGCGCCAGCGCCAGCCGCUGCUUCUGGCCCCCCGACAGCUGCGCGCCCCCGGCCCCGCAGCGCGUGCUGUAG